AUGCCUCUUUGGCAAAUCUACCACCCGGCAGGCACCUUUGAGGAUGACGCCUCCAAGCAAUCGUUCGCGGAAGACAUCACGAAGAUGUACAUGGAGCUCGGCCUUCCUGCCUUCUACGUCGUGACGCAUUUUUAUCAAAUGAAAGCCAAUGAUGUCUACAUCGGCGGAAAGCCAAAACAAGGCGCCGACAAGCCCUUCGUUCGCAUUGUCAUCACCCACAUUGCCAUCACCAUGCCUGAUGUUGACGCAAUAUAUACCCGAACUACAUUGCGCCUGGAUCAAAUCAUGAAGCCUCACCUACUGGAUAAAGGCUAUGACUUUGAGUAUCAUGUCGAUGAAACAGAAAGACGACUCUGGAAAAUUAACAGCUUGACUCCACCUUCGUACAAAAGUGAUGCGGAACAACUCUGGGCGAAGGAAAAUCGCCCGGUUCCUUAUGAGGGAGCCUCUCCUGGUACAUCUAGUAGUUAG